ACUGGCCCUUGCGGCGCUGGGCGCGGACUGAGCGGACAUGGCCACCAUGGAGAAACUGAUGAAGGCCUUCGAGUCCCUCCGCUCCUUUCAGCAGCAGCAGGGGCCGGCUGCCAUCCCCGAGGAGCCGCUCCAGAGAGCAAAGAAAGAACUUUCAACUACCAAGAAAGAUCGAGUGAAUCACUGCCUGACAAUAUGUGAAAACAUAGUUGCUCAGUCUCUAAGGAAUUCUCCGGAAUUUCAGAAACUGCUUGGUAUUGCUAUGGAACUCUUUCUUCUCUGCAGUGAUGAUGCAGAGUCUGAUGUCAGGAUGGUUGCUGAUGAAUGUCUCAAUAAAGUUAUAAAAGCUUUGAUGGAUUCCAACCUUCCUAGGUUACAGUUAGAACUCUAUAAAGAAAUUAAAAAGAAUGGUGCUUCUCGAAGCCUACGUGCUGCAGUUUGGAGGUUUGCUGAGCUUGCCCAUCUGGUUCGACCUCAGAAGUGCAGGCCAUACUUAGUCAACCUAUUGCCCUGUCUAACACGAAUAAGUAAGCGGCCUGAAGAAUCGGUACAAGAGACACUGGCUGCAGCAAUACCAAAAAUCAUGGCAGCAUUUGGCAACUUUGCAAAUGACAAUGAAAUCAAGGUUUUAUUGAAGGCUUUCAUUGCUAAUCUUAAAUCCAGUUCUCCUACCAUCCGUAGAACAGCAGCUGGAUCAGCAGUGAGCAUCUGUCAACACUCACGCAGAACACAAUAUUUUUAUACCUGGUUACUGAAUGUGCUUUUAGGUUUGUUGGUUCCUGUGGAAGAUGAACAUCCUACUCUUUUAAUUCUUGGAGUACUGCUCACACUAAGGUAUCUAAUGCCAUUACUGCAGCAACAAGUAAAGGAUACCAGUCUGAAAGGCAGUUUUGGUGUAACACGAAAAGAAACAGAGAUUUCACCUUCUCCAGAUCAACUUAUACAGGUUUAUGAAUUGACUUUGCAUUACACUCAGCACCAGGACCACAAUGUUGUGACUGGAGCUUUAGAACUAUUACAGCAGCUUUUUAGAACACCACCGCCUGAUCUUCUUCAUGCCCUGACCACUUCGGGAGGCAUUACACAGGUCAGUGUAUCCAAAGACGAGUCUAUCAGCAGAAGCCGCAGUGGAAGCAUAGUGGAGCUUAUAGCUAGAGGGGGGUCUUCAUGCAGCCCUGUUCUGUCAAGAAAACUAAAAGGUAAAGUACUUUUAGGCGAAGAAGAAGGCUUGGAGGAUGACCCUGAAAUGCGGUCAGAAGUCAGCACUGCAACAUUUGCAGCCUCUAUGAAGAGUGAGAUAACCAGUGAAUUAGCUUCUUCAUCAGGAGUAUCAACAGCUGGAUCAAUAGUAAGUUCUGCAGCUGAUCCCACAGGACAUGACAUCAUCACUGAGCAGCCACGUUCACAACAUACUUUGCAAUCAGACUCUGUAGACCUGACCAGUUGUGAUUUGGCCAGCGCAACUACUGAAGGGGAAGAGGAUGACGUGCUUAGUCGGAGCUCCAGCCAAAUCAGCACUGUCCAGUCAGACCUCACUAUGGACAUGAAUGAUGUCACGCAGGCUUCUUCACCAGUUAGUGAUAGCUCUCAGACUACCACAGAAGGUCCAGAUUCAGCUGUGACCCCUUCGGACAGUUCUGAAAUUGUUUUAGAGGGUACUGAAAGCCAGUAUUCUGGAAUGCAGAUUGGACAGCUGCAAGAUGAGGAGGAUGAAGCUGCAAAUGUUCUCCAUGAUGAAUCCUCAGAUCCUUUCAGAAAUUCUUCCCUUGCCCUUCAGCAACCACACUUAUUGAAAAACAUGGGCCAUAGCAGGCAGCCUUCUGACAGCAGUGUAGAUAGAUUCAUGACAAAAGAAGAAGCAGUAGAAUCUGGUGAUCAUGAAAAUAAGCCUUCCAGAAUAAAGGGAGAUAUAGGUCACUACACAGAUGGAAACUCUGCUCCUCUGGUUCACUGUGUUCGUCUCCUAUCUGCUUCUUUUCUGCUUACCGGGGAGAAAGGUGCUUUAGUUCCUGAUAGGGAUGUGAGAGUCAGUGUAAAAGCAUUGGCAGUAAGCUGUAUUGGAGCAGCUGUUGCCCUUCAUCCUGAAUCUUUCUUCAGCAAACUGUAUAAAACACCUCUUGAAACCAUGGGAGAAGAGUAUGAAGAGCAGUAUGUAUCGGAUGUUUUGAACUAUAUUGAUCAUGGAGAUCCCCAGAUUAGAGGAGCUACUGCCAUUCUCUGUGGAACCAUUGUCUACUCCAUUCUCAAUAAAUCGCGGUUUGAUGUGGAAAACUGGCUAGCAAAUGUCAGAAGUUCAACAGGAAAUCUCUUUUCUCUAGUAGACUGUGUACCUCUCUUACAGAAAACUCUGAAAGAUGAAUCCUCAGUUACAUGCAAACUGGCUUGUGCAGCUGUGAGGCAUUGCAUCAUGAGCUUGUGCAGUAGCAGUUAUUGUGAACUAGGUUUACAGUUAAUCAUCGACCUCCUUACUCUGAAGAAUAGUUCUUAUUGGCUAGUGAGGACGGAGCUUCUGGAAACUCUUGCUGAGAUAGAUUUCCGAUUAGUCAGCUUUUUGGAAGGAAAAGCAGACAACUUGCACAGAGGUGUUCAUCAUUAUACUGGGCUAUUAAAACUUCAGGACAGAGUGCUCAACAGUGUUGUAAUUUACCUUCUUGGUGAUGAAGACCCCAGAGUGAGACACAUAGCUGCAGCUUCUUUGAUGAGGCUUGUUCCAAAGCUGUUUUAUAAUUGUGACCAAGGACAGGCUGAUCCAGUAGUGGCAGUGGCAAGAGACCAAAGCAGUGUCUACUUGAAACUCCUAAUGCAUGAGACUCAGCCUCCAUCUCACUUUGCAGUGAGCACUAUCACCAGAACAUACAGGGGUUACAACAUGGUGCAAAGUCCAACUGAUGUCACUAUGGAAAACAACCUUUCCAGGAUUAUCUCAGCCGUUUCCCAGGCAUUAACAACAUCAACUACUAGAGCACUUACAUUUGGCUGCUGUGAAGCUUUGUGUCUUCUCUCCACAACAUUUCCAGUCUGCACAUGGACUGUAGGAUGGCAUUGUGGUGCUUCCCAGCCGAGUCCUUUGGAGGAAUCUCGGAAGAGCUGUACCAUUGGAAUGGCUGGAAUGGUUUUGUCCCUUCUUUCAACGGCCUGGUUCCCACUGGAUCUUUCUGCACAUCAAGAUGCUUUGAUUUUGGCUGGAAACUUGCUUGCAGCAAGUGCCCCCAAAUCUUUGAAAACCCCCUGGACUACUGAAGAAGAUAUGAAUCCAGGUGCUGCUAAACAGGAGGAGCCAUGGCCAGCUUUGGCUGACCGAACUCUUGUUACUUUGGUAGAACAACUCUUUUCUCAUUUGCUGAAGACCAUUAAUAUUUGUGCUCAUGUGGUGGAUGAUGUUGCUCCUGGCCCAGCAAUAAAGGCAACAUUACCUUCUCUCUCAAACCCACCUUCUCUAAGUCCAAUUCGUCGGAAAGGGAAAGAGAGAGAACCUGCGGAACAAACAUCUGUACCAAUGAGCCCUAAAAAGGGUAGUGAAACUAAUCCAGCUACUAGGCAGACCGAUACUUCAGGGCCUGCUCCAACAAGUAAAUCAUCGUCACUGGGCAGUUUCUAUCAUCUUCCAUCGUAUCUCAAGUUAUAUGAUGUCUUGAAAGCUACCCAUGCUAACUAUAAGGUUACAUUGGAUCUUCAGAACAACAUCGAAAAAUUUGGUGGUUUCCUACGAUCUGCUCUGGAUGUCCUCUCUCAAAUUUUGGAACUUGCAACUCUUCAAGACAUUGGAAAGUGCGUUGAAGAGAUUUUGGGAUAUCUGAAAUCCUGUUUCAACAGAGAACCAAUGAUGGCAACAGUUUGUGUACAGCAGUUGCUGAAGUCUUUAUUUGGAACAAAUUUGGCAUCUCAAUAUGAUGGCUUAUCGUCAAACCCCAGCAAAUCUCAAGGCAAAGCCCAGCGUUUAGGCUCUUCUAAUUUGAGGCCUGGUCUUUAUCAUUACUGCUUCAUGGCCCCUUAUACACACUUUACACAGGCACUUGCUGAUGCAAGUCUAAGGAACAUGGUACAGACAGAGCAGGACCAUGAUGCUUCAGGGUGGUUUGAUGUGCUGCAGAAAGUUUCUACGCAACUGAAAACUAGCCUUACAAGUGUAACAAAACAUCGUGCUGACAAGAAUGCUAUUCACAAUCACAUUCGCUUGUUUGAACCCCUUGUUAUAAAAGCUUUAAAGCAAUAUACUACAACAACGUCGGUACAACUACAGAGGCAGGUUUUAGAUCUACUAGCACAGCUGGUUCAGCUACGGGUUAACUACUGUCUUCUAGAUUCGGAUCAGGUGUUUAUUGGAUUUGUGCUAAAGCAGUUUGAAUACAUUGAAGUGGGACAGUUCAGGGAAUCCGAGGCAAUUAUCCCUAAUAUCUUUUUCUUCCUGGUAUUAUUGUCUUAUGAGCGAUAUCACUCCAAACAGAUAAUUGGAAUUCCUAAGAUUAUUCAGCUGUGUGAUGGUAUCAUGGCCAGUGGAAGGAAAGCUGUUACACAUGCUAUACCAGCUCUGCAACCCAUUGUCCAUGAUCUCUUUGUAUUACGAGGAACAAAUAAAGCUGAUGCUGGAAAAGAACUGGAAACACAAAAAGAGGUGGUGGUUUCAAUGCUGCUAAGACUUAUCCAGUAUCAUCAGGUGCUGGAGAUGUUCAUCCUAGUACUGCAACAGUGUCACAAAGAGAAUGAAGACAAAUGGAAAAGACUGUCCCGACAGAUAGCAGAUAUCAUUCUCCCAAUGUUAGCAAAACAACAGAUGCAUAUAGAUUCCCAUGAAGCUCUGGGAGUACUGAACACUUUAUUUGAAAUUUUGGCUCCUUCAUCCCUCCGUCCUGUGGACAUGCUUUUAAGAAGUAUGUUUGUUACUCCCAGUACAAUGGCAUCAGUGAGCACUGUUCAGUUAUGGAUAUCUGGUAUCCUAGCUAUCCUUAGAGUUCUGAUUUCACAAUCAACAGAGGAUAUAGUUUUAUCUCGUAUUCAAGAGCUUUCUUUCUCCCCUUACUUAUUGUCAUGUCAAACAAUUAACAGGCUAAGGGAUGGGGAAAAUAAUGUACUCACACCUGAAGAACAAAUUGAGCUGAAACAGGCUAAAUAUCUGCCUGAAGAGACAUUUUCUAGGUUCUUGUUACAAUUAGUGGGCAUUCUAUUGGAAGACAUUGCUACUAAACAGUUGAAAGUGGACAUGAAUGAACAGCAGCACACUUUCUAUUGCCAAGAGUUGGGCACACUGCUUAUGUGUUUAAUACAUAUCUUCAAAUCAGGAAUGUUCAGAAGAAUCACAGCUGCUGCCAGCAGACUUUUUACAGGAGAUGGAUCUGAUGGUAGUUUUUAUACCCUUGAGAGUCUGAGUGGUCUUGUUCAGUUCAUGAUUCCCACACACCCUUCUUUAGUGCUCCUCUGGUGUCAAAUCCUACUUCUUGUCAAUUACACUAACUACAGCUGGUGGUCAGAGGUGCAUCAAACACCAAAGAGGCACAGUCUUUCCAGUACUAAAUUGCUGAGCCCUCAGAUAACUGGAGACCGUGAUGAAUUUGAUUCAGAAUCCAAAUUUGGCAUGUGCAAUCGAGAGAUAGUACGAAGAGGCGCUCUCAUUCUUUUUUGUGACUAUGUUUGUCAAAACCUACAUGAUUCAGAACACUUGACAUGGCUUAUAGUGAAUCAUGUUCAAGAUCUGAUUAAUCUGUCUCAUGAGCCUCCAGUACAAGACUUUAUUAGUGCUGUUCAUAGGAAUUCAGCAGCCAGUGGUCUCUUCAUCCAGGCUAUUCAGUCUCGGUGUGAGAACCUCGCAACUCCAACAACACUAAAGAAGACCCUGCAAUGCUUAGAGGGCAUUCAUCUCAGCCAGUCUGGUGCCGUGUUAAUGUUGUAUGUGGACAAGCUUUUGUGUACUCCAUACCGUGUGUUGGCUCGCAUGGUUGACACGCUUGCUUGUCGUCGAGUAGAAAUGCUUUUGGCUGCAACUUUCCAGAACAGCGUUUCUCAGUUACCAGUUGAAGAACUGGAUAGAAUUCAGGAAUAUCUUCAAACCAGUGGAUUAGCACCAAGACACCAAAGACUUUACUCACUAUUGGACAGGUUUCGUCUUACAGUAGCACCAGAAACAACUAGCCCUUCACCUUUGGUUACUUCACACCCACUGGAUGGGGAAAACCAACCAGCCUUGGAGAAUGUAAUUCCAGACAAAGACUGGUAUGUAUCACUAGUCAGAUCACAGUGCUGGGUCAGAUCAGACUCUGCACUGCUGGAAGGUGCAGAGCUGGUGAAUAGGAUACCUCAGCCUGAACUGAAUUCCUUCAUGACCAGUAAGGAGUUCAACUUAAGCUUGUUAGCUCCCUGUUUAAGUCUUGGCAUGAAUGAAAUCUCAGAAGAUCAAAAGAGCAGCCUGUUUGAAACUGCCCAUAGGGUAACCCUAGACCAUGUGUGUAACAUUGUUCAAAAACUUCCUGCCAGCCAUCAAGUUUUUCAGCCUUUGCGGCCGGUUGAGACUUCAGCCUAUUGGAGCAAGCUAAGCGAUAUUUUUGGAGACACAAUGGUGUAUCAGACUGUGAUGAAACUCUCUCGUGCACUGGCUCAGUAUUUGUUAUUACUCUCUAAAUUACCAGCAUCUCUCUGUAUUCCACCUGACAAAGAGAGUGACAUCCUGAAGUUUGUAGUAAUGUCAUUAGAGGCACUGUCAUGGCAUUUAAUACAUGAACAGAUUCCACUAAGUGUAGAUCUUCAAGCUGCUUUGGAAUGCUGCUGCCUGACAUUACAGCAACCUGGUCUCUGGAAUUUGCUGGCUUCUGCAGUUUAUGUGACACAGGCUUGCUCCCUAAUUAAUUGUGUCAGAUUUAUAAUAGAGGCAGUUGCAAUUGAACCUGGAAACCAGCUUCUGAGUCCAGAAAGGAAGAAGAAUACUUCAAAAGGGGUCAGUGGGGAUGAAGUUGAUUCAAAUGUUCAAAAAGCAAAAUAUAUUACAACAUCUUGUGAAAUGCUGGCUGAAAUGGUGGAGUGUUUACAGACUGUCUUGGCUUUGGGACAUAAGAGAAACAACAGUAUCCCAGCAUUUCUCACUCCUAUCCUUAAGAACAUAAUCGUCAGCUUGGGUAGACUGCCUCUAGUAAACAGCUACACAAGAGUACCUCCCUUGGUCUGGAAACUAGGCUGGUCACCAAAACCUGCAGGUGAUUUUGGCACAGCUUUUCCAGAAAUCCCUGUAGAAUUUCUUCAAGAAAAAGAAAUCUUUAAAGAGUUCAUCUAUCGCAUUAAUACACUUGGGUGGACUAGCCGUACCCAGUUUGAAGAGACCUGGGCUACUCUCCUUGGUGUGCUUGUAACUCAACCAAUUGUAAUGGACCAAGAAGAAAGUCAACAAGAGGAAGACACGGAGAGGACUCAAAUUAAUGUUCUUGCAGUACAAGCCAUAACCUCCUUGGUGCUGAGUGCAAUGACGAUACCAGUUGCAGGCAAUCCAGCAGUUAGCUGCUUGGAACAGCAGCCCCGCAAUAAAGCUUUAAAAGUUCUGGAUACAAGGUUUGGGAGGAAGUUAAGUGUUAUCAGAGGAAUUGUGGAACAAGAAAUCCAAGCAAUGAUAUCUAAGAGGGAUAAUAUUGCCACUCACCAUUUUUAUCAAGCAUGGGACCCUGUUCCAUCACUUUCUCCUGCUACCACAGGUGGUCUUAUCAGCCAUGAAAAACUUUUACUGCAGAUCAAUACUGAGCGAGAAAUGGGAAACAUGGGCUAUAAACUAGGACAGGUUUCUAUACACUCCGUGUGGCUAGGAAAUAACAUCACUCCAUUGAGAGAAGAGGAGUGGGAUGAAGAUGAAGAAGAUGAGAAUGAUAUGCCUGCUCCUUCUUCACCACCAACCUCUCCUAUUAAUUCCAGGAAACACCGGGCUGGGGUUGAUAUACAUUCUUGCUCUCAGUUCUUGCUUGAACUGUACAGUCAAUGGAUAUUGCCAUCAAAUCCUAGCAAGAGAACACCAGUCAUUCUGAUUAGUGAAGUGGUGAGAUCACUUCUGGCAGUGUCUGACUUGUUUACAGAAAGGAAUCAAUUUGAGAUGAUGUACACCACAUUGACAGAAUUGCGGAAGGUGCAUCCAUCAGAAGAUGAGAUUCUCAUUCAAUAUUUGGUACCAGCCACAUGUAAAGCAGCUGCUGUUCUUGGAAUGGAUAAAGCUGUAGCCGAACCAGUAAGCCGUCUGUUGGAAUCAACACUACGCAGCACCCAUAUGCCAAGUCGGAUUGGAGCUCUGCAUGGAAUUCUUUACAUCCUUGAAUGUGACCUGCUUGAUGAAACAGCAAAGCAACUCAUUCCAAUUAUCAGCGAGUAUUUGCUUUCCAAUCUGAGAGGGAUAGCACACUGUAUAAAUGUCCAUAACCAACAGCAUAUUUUAGUGAUGUGUGCUGCGGCAUUCUACUUGAUAGAGAAUUACCCACUUGAUGUAGGACCUGAAUUCUCUGCAGGAAUUAUACAGGUGUGUGGAAUAAUGGUGUCUGGAAGUGAUGAAUCAACUCCAUCCAUUAUUUACCAUUGCGUCCUCAGAGGAUUAGAACGACUCCUCCUUUCAGAGCAACUUUCUAGGCUGGAUAGUGAAUCUUUAGUUAAACUAAGUGUUGACAGAGUGAACAUACACAGCCCCCACAGAGCUAUGGCAGCCUUGGGGUUAAUGCUGACUUGCAUGUAUUCAGGAAAAGAGAAAAUCAGCCCAAGUCGAGCAACAGAUGCAAAUCCCACAGCUCCAGACAGCGAGUCUGUUAUUGUAGCUAUGGAACGGGUGUCUGUUCUUUUUGAUAGGAUCCGGAAAGGAUUUCCUUUUGAAGCUAGAGUAGUGGCACGGAUCCUCCCUCAGUUCCUAGAUGACUUUUUCCCUCCACAGGAUGUAAUGAAUAAAGUUAUUGGAGAAUUUUUAUCCAACCAGCAGCCAUACCCACAAUUCAUGGCCACAGUAGUUUAUAAGGUUUUUCAGACACUACAUACCACUGGACAGUCACCAAUGGUCCGUGAUUGGGUGAUGCUCUCUCUCUCCAACUUCACACAGAGAACGCCUGUUGCAAUGGCAAUGUGGAGUCUUUCCUGUUUUUUUGUCAGUGCUUCCACCACUCAGUGGGUUUCAGCAAUUCUUCCACAUAUUAUCAGCAGAAUGGGAAAAUCAGAGCAAGUGGACAUUAACCUCUUCUGUUUGGUGGCCAUAGACUUUUACAGACACCAGAUAGAUGAGGAACUAGAUCGAAGGGCCUUUCAGUCUGUGUUUGAGAUGGUAGCAUCACCAGGAAGCCCAUAUCAUCGCCUACUGACUUGCUUGCAAAAUGUUCACAAGAUCACAGCGUGCUGAACAUCUUGAUGUUGGUUAAUGAAACUCGGUGGCUUGAUUUGGAAUCUGGUAUGAACUUUUAGAUAAAUAUUAAGGUGCAGAAAGCAGCUGGGAUUUGCUUCUACAAUGAAUCUGCAUCUGUCAGUUUUUUACUUCAUGCUUGUUUGCAUGGAGAACACCCUGCACCACAGAGAAUCACAUGAAAGGUAUAAUAGUAACAUUCUUGUUAGCAGUGGGUAGCUGUGCUAAAUGGAAAUAUGUAUAUGUUUUAAAUAAUGUUUGGGACUAACCGGAGGCUGAGUUACUAACUGUAAAACACAUGGGCAUAUACUUUAUGCAGGAAAGCCAGGUAUUACUCUUCUUCCUGAUGUUCAACUUAAGUCACCGUGUUGCAUCUGGUAUUGAAACUCUGACAGAAAUACUCUCUCAGUGCAAGUUCGCAGUCAUUACAAAGUUUUAUGUAGAUAUAUAUGUAUAUACACACACACUGUGGGGUAGUAUAGAUAAGAAAUUGUUUCCUAGUGUCUCUCCCAAACAAAGAAAAGAGAAACCAGUUUUCAGGGGUAACACUCCCAGCAUGUAAUUCUUCUAUCUCUGGACUUUCUAAUAUACUGUGGUGUAUGUGUUGGUGGCAUGGGACAUGUAGUGCACAUGCAUAACCACACUUUUUUUUCUUUUUUUCUUCUCAGGAUUUAAAAUUUGAGUACAAUAUAUCAGUAAAAGAAAUUUUAACUUAAAUAUUUCUAUAUCAUGUAAAGUAUGUAAAAUUGUAAAAUGUGUGGUGCAUGAGAUGUGCUGUAAUUUGAAAUGAACAAAAAGCCCACUCUGCUGAAUGUCUUGACAUCUGUAUUGUCCUCAUUUUUUCAUUGUGUGCUCAUGUUCAGGUUCAUUUUUAACAUCCAUCUUAAUGUACGGGUUACAUUUUAUGUUCUACAUUUCACCUUUUUGUAUGUUCACACUUUAAAAACUGGAAUAUAUAGGCUAGUUUUUGUUGAUAUGUUAAGAAGACAUUUUUGUGAUCCACUUGACUGUAGCUUGUUUUGAGUUUCUUUAUUUUGAGAUGUAAAGGAGAGGGGACUAGAUAUCCUGGAUCAGCACUUUGUAUACUAAGCUGCUCUCACUUGUUGCAGAGGUGGGGGGUUUUUUGUUUAAGGGAGAAAAAUGAUGCAAGUUCCCAGUAGUCAAUAACUACCGGUAGUUAUCUGUAUCUGGCUUUUUCAUUUAUACUAACAGAAACCAUGGAGUCAUUUGGAUAUAAACCAUUCUCACUUUACUCUAAGCAAAUUUAUGCUGACAAUUAUGAAUCAGAAGUCUAAUGUGGUCUACUCUGGGGCUGGCUAAGGGUUAGAUUAUACAAUCUCUUUUAUUAGUUGUCUACAACAUUAUUUAUACACAAACAGCAUAAACAUCCACAAAUUCCAAAAUUCUCCAAUUCUACACAGGGCCAGUUUCUGCUUAUACCUCAUGCAAGCCUUUGAUUUUAGUUGGUUGCACGUGGGGAAAUCUCGGGCAGUAUUUUUCCUAUAACUGUAUCUGAUAUAAGUCUUCAAUAUAGAAAAGCAAUGCCUUGGUUCUGAGCUACAUUGCUAUAUUUAACCUCAUUACAUUCUCAUUAAUACCUGUUGCUAACACUCAGAAUAUCUAAAUAGUGUUAACAAGAGGAACAUAUUCUGUAUGUAUUUGUGUAUAUAAUGUAUAUGUAAUUAUACACAUGUGACUACAUUUAAUGUAUACAAAUGUGUAUAUUUGUAUUUAUUAAAUCCAUGGAUUUAAACUAAUUCCAAUUCUUAGACCAAAAAUGGUUGCUAUUGCCCAUAACUUGAUUAUAAAGGAAUUGCCCAAUGAUGUUACUUCCUCUUAUGAUAGGUAUGAAACUGAUGAUAUGGGCAGCAGAAAUAACUGUAGACUUCGCUGUAUCUAGCUGUUUGACUGACUUUAUUAUCUAGAGUUAUUUCUGCCUCUGAGUUGGCUUAUUCUUUCUUGGGCCACAGCACUGUGGUGUCUUUUUUUAAAAAAGAAACUGAAGUUCAGAACGGGUUUAAAAAAAUAGAUAUUGUUAAAAAUUUUGGUUAUAUUGGAAAUCUUACAGUUCUGGUAAGAGACCACUUGCCAGGGUCUAUAGCUAUAAUGCCCUCAGAUUGCAAUUAAGGGUAACAUAGAUCACUAGUUCCUUUUAUAGCCCCCAGUAAGUUUUCUACUAUAAACCCACACACCAGUCAGUUUUUGUAUGAUAUACUAUAAGUGAAGAUAUUUUUGUAAGCUAUUUUCCAAAAUUUAAAAUAGAUUUUAAUAUAUUUUUGAAGCAUUUGGUAGUUGCAUCUUAACCAUAGAUCACUAUACUUUGUUUCACGAACGGAUAAAUCUUACAUAUUUUUAACCUCAUAAAUAACCACUGCAUGGUUGGUCAGUAUGCCUCCAGAUGAUGGAGGCUGGCCAUCCCAACUUCUGAAGUUUUCUAAACAGAUCAACUGGGACUUGCCAUAGAAACUUUCCAGCCAAUAAAAAGAGCAUACUAAGCUAAGAAAUCAACAGAUGACAAAUGAAUUUCUAUCCAACAUGUGAUAAAUUCCCUCUUGUCAGUACUAUUGUUGGCAUUUGAUAAGAUAUUCUGGUUUCCCACUUCUAAUUGUCACCCAAAAGUGAUGCAGCCACUUCAGAUAAAUUAAAGGAUAAUCAGAAUAGUUGUGUGUGUCGGUCUUAUCUCCAUGAAGAUUUGCCAUAUAUAGAAAACAGGUUUGCUGUCUGUAGAUCUUUAAUGUCUCUAGAUUUUUCUUCCCCAGAAUAAUUAACUGAAUACAAAUACACAUUCAUUUUCAGAUAUAUGAAUGUCUUGAAGGGAACAUGCUUGUUGUUCUCCAUAGUUUGUAAUUACACAUUUAUAAGACUAAAAUUUAACAUCUCUUUCCUUUGAUAUACGUUUUUGUCCUUUGUUUCUUUUGGAAUGAAAAUAAUAAUUUUUGUAUUUGUAAAAAUCAUAACUAAUAUCUACACAAUUCUGGUAAUACCCAUCAGUAGUUACGUUGUGCUUUAUGACUUAAUUUCUGCCUCUGACAGCAAAACAGAAUAUCACAUUGUCAUGUUUUCUGUGUCUAUUUAAAAAAAAUCUUAAGGUUAGAUUUUUUUUUUAAAUUACCAUCUGUAAGAUUUGUUACUCCAGUUUACGAUUUUUUUAUAUUUGACCAAGAUUGACUGUUUCCCUUUUUAAUAUGCUACUAGUAGCAUACAACCAGAUCCAUGCUUGACAUCAAAUUGGUUUUGGAAAUUAAACUAUUGAGUUUUUCACUGAGACCCGAGGUAUAAAUAUUGGUAGAUGUGUAUCUGGUUUUUUUCAUAAGGUGCUGCCUCUUGAGACUCUUUCUAACUUGCCUCUGAAUUUUUAAAAAGUAUCAGGCAGAUAUCACUUGACCAGUAAAGUUUGGCUAAAGUAACUUCCUUCCUUUUCAGUGAAGUUUUAUUUUCUUCCUUGGCACUGAGUGCAACAGCAGAAACAUUUGAACUACCUUAUGUUUGAUACUAAAACAAGUUGUAUUAAUGCAAAUAAUUUCUAUUUGCAAAUUAAAACUGUCAGUUGAGGUUUUAUUAAAGAUCCUUCUUUUUUAGUCCUUUGUGCCCAGUUUGGGAUGUCCCCCUCAGUCAAAAAAUAAAUACAAACACCCGGUACUCAUGAAUUCUACAGUAUAUUGCUUCCCAUUGGGGAAAAUCCCUUCUCAGCAUGAAAGGAUAAAAUCUGAGACUCUCACAUUGACAUAAAGAAAAGGAGGACUUGUGGCACCUUAGAGACUAACAAAUUUAUUUGAGCAUAAGCUUUCAUGAGCUACAGCUCACUUCAUCAGAUGCAUUCAGUGGAAAAUACAGUUUAGUCUCUAAGGUACCACAGGUCCUCCUUUUCUUUUUGCAGAUACAGACUAACACGGCUGCUACUCUGAAACAAAUUCACAUGAACAUUGAUUAAAAUUGUGAAUACCUAAUGAAUCAAACUUG